CAUACAAAAUGAAAUUCCUUUUGAUUGCAUUCGCUUUGAUUGGCAUUGCCGCCGCUGCUCUGCCCGAUUCCGCCACCCAAGGACCCAAUCCUCAGGAUAUCGCUACCCCAGAGCCAGAAUAUAUUGAUAUCGAUUUGCCCGAACCACCCAAACCAGCACCCGUACAAAGAUCUUUCGCAGCCGCCGCUCCUAUCCAAAGAACAUUCAGUGUACCACGCGCCACUUUCACACGUCCCGUACCACAACCCAUUACCAAUCAAUAUACUGCCUCAACCAAUGUAUUCCAACAACGUGCAUACAACAGGCCAUCCGGUUAUCAAUACGGUCGUCCCGCCCAUGUAGUAAGACGUGUCCAUUAUCAUCGCCGUUUCUAA